AUGUCCUCACCAUCUCUCCAACACCUCUCUCUGGGUCACCAGUCACCGUGGAGACCACCUCAGCACAGAUCACUGUUUCCUACAACACUCCCUACACAUGUGACAAUCAGAGCUGUCAACUGUGCUGGCUCUAGUACUGAUGUGAUGGUGAUGAUUCCUUUUAUUGUUACCUGCCCCUCCAACCCAACACCUGCCGAUCGAGUGACCAUUAAUAGUGCUCCACCACUGCCUGCACUAGUAGGAUCAACUCUUAGCUUCACUUGCAAUGGACAGAUGGUACCAGCAACCUGUGAGAGUAAUGGACGAUGGUCACCUGACCCCACCACAUACGUUUGUCUCUCAGAUCUCACCUGUGGCUCUCCUGCUGCACCAUCCAAUGGCAGUGUGGACGUCAGUGGUAGGACACCACCCUUCUCACUGGGUUCAGAGGUCACCUAUCACUGUGACGAUGGACUGUUCCCCCUUGAUGUGAGGACAGAGUGGGGAGAGUGGGUGGAGAAUCCUGGGAGCUUGGUGUGCAGGGAGAGGCCAGUCAACUGCACCCUUCCUACUGAGCCUUGCAAUGGUGCUAUAGUUGAGUAUGAGAGGUUGAACGAGACAGUGUUGGAGGGAACAGUGCUGACCUACCAGUGUGACAAUGGAUUCUCACUGACUGGACCCAACACCAUCACUUGCACUAAUGCUGGAGUCUGGAGCACUGAGCCUGAGGCAAUCAUGUGUGUAGUUUCUACUGUCGCUCCCUUGUUCUCCACUUCUGCAACUGUCGCUAUCAGUGUGGUCAUCACUUUCAUUGUCACUCUAGUCGUUGGAUUCCUCACUGGACUGCUAGUGAUGUAUCUUUUCUUUCGUAAGAAAGCAGUGUACUUCCCCAGCAACUGA